AUGUCUUCGGUCUCCAGCACCGUGCAGCUGCCAGUUGCCAGUAGCGGUCUUACUGACGACCGCUGUUCCCAACUCAUCGAAAAUACUGUCCAAAACACCGCCAGUGAAAUUCCCCACGACAGGUCGCCCCCGACUUCUCACUCGUCUCCCACCAGCUCCCACACGAUGCUGGAGGCGAAAGAGGUGGUGCAAACGUCUUCUCAUAUGUCGCUGCCGCAGCCUCACUCUCAAAAACAACAUCAACAAACCGGCGAAAAAACCUCCUUUGCUUACAACGCCCACGGCGAGUCGGUGUUCGAUGACUCCCGUGUGUUCCCCAGCGUCAAGCCGGGAGAAAUUGCAAAGUUUGACCAGGGGGACCCUGAACUCAUCAACCACGCAACCAUCACCGCUUUGAUUGUACAACUCACCAGCCCCGAGGUCAUCGACUACAACUUGGUGUAUGACUUCUUCAUCACCUACCGAAUGUUUAGUGAUGCGCUGACGGUAAUGGGCUUGCUUAUGCGGAGGUUGGUCUGGAGUUUACAAUAUGUCAACAAACAAGACGAAGAGUCUCAUAAGAUCGGGACCUUGGUGUUAUUGCGAACGUUUGUGGUGUUGAGACACUGGAUCUUGAACUAUUUCAUCGAUGACUUCAACUCGGACUUGAAACUCUGUGACACCUUCAUCACCAACUUGAACGAGGUGGUGUUUGAGUCGGGGUUAAUUAAUGAGCUGAUGGUGUUCGAGCGUAAGAUCAUCAAGGACUUGAAAACCCACUGGCUCACGCUCCUGUCGGAGUUUUGGAACGUCCACUUGGACUUGUCAUCGUUCUCGGGUGAAGAGGUAUUUGACUAUUACUUGCCAGCCACCAGCGAUAUCUCUAUGAACAGUUUCUUAAAGAAGAGUAACACCGAGAUUUCUCUCCACACAAACCCCAGCUACAGACGGUCGGCCAUGUUGUCUUUGUACGACCAGAAGAUGCACCACAAAUGCCUUGUGUUUGACGAUUCAAGAUUUAGCAAUAACGAAAACCCCCAACUCUCAGUCAAUAACUUAUUGGUGCUGCACAAGUCAUCCCGACAGUCUAUCAUGAACAAAUUGAACCAUUUCAAUAUCGGCAAGUCCAAGCACGUUUCUGUCAAAGACGCUACUGUGAAUUCAGCUGGUUCUGGACCUUCAAACAACAACAGCAAUACCACCAGUCCAUUGGGAUCUUCCAAUCGACACAACCGGAUGAACUUGAAUGAUUCUUCAGUUGGCUUGCGAAAGACCACCAAGAACCGACCAACCAACCAGCAGAGCCUCAACGAUGAGAUGGAUAAGAUCUCGUUGAACCCGAUUCAAAUUGAUAAUGUUGGAUUCUCCACCAAUGGUAAUGUCAAACUACCUUCUUCAAAAGUCUUGUCGAUAGUUCCUUCGACUCCCGUGAAGAAGAUGGAAUACAGUAUUCGUAACCCAUUGGAGAAGGACGAUGAAACGGCCCAAGGGUUUUCCGUCAACGAUUGGGAAAGCCCUAUCAAUUACAAGAUCAUAAACAGCAUGGACAUCACCAGAAAGAAUUCUAUCAAGAAGAUCCUUGAAGGGUGGAAGAAAAACAGAAAUCAUAGCAACAAAUCCAACGAUGAGAUCAACAAGAUGAUCAAUGAUUCCAUCACGGAGGACGUCAUUGGUACUAGAAUCGAUGUAUUAAGUGCCCGAAUCAUUGAUGAACUAGAGUUCUUGAUCAGGCACUAUGUUCAGAACGAUGCGUCGUAUAAUCCCACCAUAGCCGAAGGCGAUACCAUCGACAAUACCAAUGCGCUCAACUCUCCCGAUGAAGUGGACUUGCACGAGUUAGACGGGUCUCGUGACUUGGACGAAACUCACAAACCCCAGAAUGGUGAUGAGAGUGUCAAUGAUGAUGUUGAUAUCAACGACGUGAGUGAAUUGAAUUUGCACAAGAUCGACAACUUGUUCAGUGAACAAGGAGAUGAUGAUACGGAUGAAGACAACGAAGAGUUUCAAGACAGUGGGCUAUCUGCCAACAUGCUUAAUGAUAUCCACGAGUUUUCGUUCCAAAGGCCCACCAGUAUAAACUGGGCCGAUGACAAUGCUUUGGAAUUGGAUACUUCUCAAACCCCAGCUAAGGAAGAAGGUUCGGACGAAGAGCUACCCGAACCCAACUUACCUCGUGACAAUAGUGGAGACUUCAACCACCUUGCCGAACCCCCGUUUCCUUUUAUCGAUGGCAAUAACAACUUUUCUCUGGUGUCGACCAUCUCGACUCCUAGCAACAUUACGGACUACAAUGCCGAAAUCGAGGACUUGGGAAUCGCCAUGAGUCCAAAGUCAAAGGAACAACAGACAAAACGAAUCAGCUUCAGCAAGCAUUCAAGUCUCAAGAAAAGAGUAUCCAGAAACUCUUCCAAUUCUUUGUUCAAAAGAGACUCGGUCAAGUCGUACCUCAGCUAUGACUCGGCGUAUUCCUUUUCGAAGGACUCGCUUGAAGAUGACCGGGACAAUGGCCAUUUGAGAAAGAAGGCUGGCAUCAACGACUUGAGAAGAAUGGCAGGGAUCCCCAGUGAGCGAAGGUCUCUUGAAAAUGCGCUCCGUAUCCAGUCGAAUGCUUCUGUACGCAAAAGCGUCAGGGCCAGCACUCUUCUUGCCUUGAGUGAACUCCCAUUCAAUGGCAUGUAUGACUCCAGAAGCUCCAUUUACAUGACAAACCAUAAGGUGAUAGCCCGUUCUUCUGGAGUUGGUGAUAGCUCGAUAUUUUCUGUGGCCAUGAAAAGCCGAAAUUCGCUUUCCAACUCACUAAAGACCUUGAACGAAAGCUCUCGUCUCUCAAGAACCAGUCCAUUGAACGAAGAUUAUGACGACUUUGCGUUUGGGUUUAGGGCCAGCAGUGACGAAGGCUUUGGAGAAAGUGAGACGUCCACCAGGUCGGUGGUGAUUCCUGGUAUCAGCAACAAUGUGUUGAAAGAAUUAGCAGCCAUUCCUGACGACUCCUUCCACUUCAAUCCCAUUGACGUGGCAUUCAACAAGUUGGAAGGAGCCAAGUCCCAGGGGAAGAAUCUUCAGUCUGAAGAGGAAUUGAAUAACAGCGAGGUGACCCAGGUUGAGCUUAACGAUACGCAAGACAUUUUGAACGAAAUCAACAACGCUCACACCGAAGAUAUCAUCGAGUCAUCGAGCCAGAAAGACUUCACGGCCGAAAUGCCUCUUACUCCCGUGGCCCAUCGGGUUAUCGAUGUGGGCGACUCGAGUGGAGGAACCUUGGACUCAACUCAGCUUGAGCAAGGGGCCAAGAGCGACAACGUCUUCAUAUUCAGUGCCAACUACACCACAGAACUCGAGAUUAUAUCGCCUCUGGAAGAAUCCAAGACCGUCUCCACUGUGGAACCACGCUUGGAAAGUCCCCGGUUGAUUUUGGAGUCAUAUAACAUGGCUGACACCUCGUUGGCGAUUUCAAACGUGAUGGCCGACAACACCCACAUUUCGUUUGUGCUUAGUUACACAUCCGAGGAGUUGAGCCAACACUUUACGAUGGUCGAGCGAGACAUUCUCCAGGAGAUCGACUGGAAAGAGUUGGUGGAGCUCAAAUGGAACAAAGAGUUGACCCCUGUCAACAGCUGGUUGGAGAUUAUCGUGAACGAAGAGUACUACAACUCCAACAAGGGAGUGAACUUGGUGAUAGCCCGGUUCAACCUUAUGGUCAACUGGAUCAUCUCCGAGGUUCUCUUGUCCAAACAGCAGGAAGAGCGGGUGCAAAUCAUCUCUCGGUUUAUUCACAUCGCACAGAGUUGUUUGAUACUCCAAAACUACUCCACGCUCAUGCAGAUAUUAUUGGCAUUGACGAGCGAGCGAUUGGCUAAGCUCCGUGAGACCUGGAAGAGCUUGCCACCUGGUGAUAUCUUGGUGUUGAAGAACUUGGAAGAGUUGGCGUCGCCGGUUAAAAACUUUCUUAACUUGAGAGUUUCCAUCAACAGGAUCCAGCCGUCACGUGGAUGUAUUCCAUUUGUGGGACUAUACUUGUCGGACUUGAUCUUCAACACUGAGAGACACAAGUUCAUCGAUAAGGGCAAGACGGUGGUGAACUUUGCUCGGUUCCGGACGUCGGUGCAUAUUGUAAAGAGUCUUAGUCAGUGUAUUGAGUGGUCUUCCUACUAUAAACUCAAUGUGAAUAAUGAGCUCUUGCUGAAGUGCUUGUACAUCCGGUCGCUUGAUGAGGAUGAGAUGAACUAUUGCUUGAAGAAUGUGACAGAAGCGUGA